AUGGCUCUUGACAUUGAAGUUCUCUCUAAACAAGACAUAAAGCCGUCUGUUCCAACACCCCAACACCUCAAAAAAUACUCCAUUUCAUUCCUUGAUCAUAUUGCCCCUAGAGUUUUUAUACCACUAAUCUUCUACUACACUGCAAUUGAUAAAGACAAAAACAACCUCAAAUUCGACCACCUCAAAAAAUCUCUUUCGGAGGCAUUAACUAAAUUUUAUCCACUAGCUAGCCGAUUUAUUGAUAACGCCCAUGUUUACUGCAACGACGAUGGUGCACACUAUGUCGAAGCCCGUGUCGACUGCAACUUAAAGGAUAUUAUUCGUGAUCCGAUACCUAAUGAACUAAUCAAGUUGCUUCCACUGGAGGUGGAUGAUGCUGCUGUGGACGUCAACUUGGCAGUUCAAGUCAAUUUCUUCGAAUGUGGAGGAAUCGCUAUUAGGCGCUGUGAUCUCGCACAAGCUAGCUGA